AUCACUAACACUGUAUAUCACAUAGAAAAAAAAACGUCAUGAAAAUGAAUAAAAAGGAAUAAAUUUAUCGCUUAAUAUUAUCAAGUCACAAUUUCAUUAGUUCUGAUGUCCGUUUUUGUUUACGUUAUAUCCUAGUGUUGCGUGGUUGUUUGUGUUUAAUCAAGUACUUUUUGAAGAAUUAUGGAGGAAAAAUAUAUUUUAACUUUAGAUAUUGGUACUACAACAAUACGCUCUUUUAUUUAUAAUUCUAGAGCAGAGACUGUUGGAAGAGCAGUUGACCAAGUCGUUCUACACUACCCACACCCUGGUUUUGUUGAGAUUAAUCCUGAAGAACUAUGGAGUUCAGUUGUUGGAGUUGUGCAAAAGUCUUUGCAAAAUGCGCACUUGUCUGCGGGACAGAUCACAGCCAUGGGGAUCUCAACCCAGCGCGGCACGUUCACGACCUGGUCGCAGGAGACGGGGAAACACUUCCACAACUUCAUCACAUGGAAGGACUUGAGGGCGGAUGCGCUUGUCAAGAUGUGGAAUGACUCUUUUACAUGGAAGUUAAUAAAAGCUGGUUCAUAUAUUCUCUACCUCGUGUUAAGGAGUAAAAGGUUCCGCGCAGGAAGUGUUUUUAAAUUCAUGAAUACCCAAACUUCACUAAGGUUACAUUGGGCACUUCAAAACAUAAUCGCUUUGAAAAAUGCUGUUCGAAACAAAGACGCAAUGUUUGGGACAUUGGACACAUGGCUAUUAUACAAAUUAACUGGUAAAAGAGUCCACAUGACGGACGUGUCGUCGGCCUCGGCUACCGGUUUCUACGAUCCGUUCACGAUGCAGUGGGCGGGCUGGGGCACCAUGUUGUUGGACAUACCGUCGGAGUUCCUGCCCACAGUGGUGGACACCGCGGGUGAUCACUUCACCUGCACCCAGCCAGAGAUAUGGGGACACGCGAUACCGAUCAUGAGUUGUAUGGCAGACCAAACCGCGUCCAUGUGGGGCUCGUGUUGUUUCGACGAGGGUGACGUCAAGCUGACGAUGGGCACGGGUACCUUCUUCAACAUAAACACUGGUUCGUCGCCACACGCGAGUGUUUCGGGCUUGUACCCCGUUGUGGGGUGGCGGUUGGGCAAGGAACUCAUCUAUUCAGCCGAAGGAGCCAAUAACGAUACUGCAUCGAUCAUCAAGUGGGCACAGAAUUUAGGUUUAUUUGAAAAUCCAGAGGAAACUGCAGACAUAGCUAAUUCCGUUCCGGAUGCAGACGGCGUGUUCUUUAUACCUGCCUUCAGUGGUUUAGGGCCGCCAUACAACGACGGCACGGCGGCGUCCGGGUUCAUCGGCGUGAAGCCGUCGACACGGAAGGCGCACCUCGUGCGCGCCGUGCUGGAGUCGCUCGCCUUCCGCACCGCGCAGCUCUACCAGUGCGUCUGCAACGAGACCAACUUCAACUUCCACAACAUCAGGCUGGACGGCGGCGUGUCCAACAACGACUUCAUAGCGCAGCUGGUGGCCGACCUCACGGGGCUGCGCGUGGAGCGGCCCGUGCACGUCGAGAUGUCGUCGCUGGGCUGCGCGCAUAUCGUAGGGCUACAAUUAGGUAUAUGGAAAUCAAAAGAGGAGCUUAAGUCAUUGCGCACGAUCGGAUGCGUGUUCAACCCGCGGCCGCACGUCAAGAAAGCGUACGAGGGCACAGUCGCGCGGUGGCAGGACGCGGUCAAGCGCAUGUGCGGCUGGUACCAACCACGCGCCUCCACACACUCCUUGCACGCAGUCGCAGAUACGGCUAACUUCACGCCGCAAAGUAGCUUUAAAAUCAACGGCCGACAAAAUGGCAAGAAAAAUGGCAGCCUGUCGAAAUAGCGGUGGCUGUUUUCCAUGGGCGCUGUGUUUAUCGCGUGCAUGACUUUGUACAGUUGAUAGUGAUCUGAUAUAGAUUUAGUGGAACGCCUCUGUAUACAGUUAUAGCCAAUCUGCCACAUGGUUUAAUGGUUGAUAAAGUGUUGACUGCGGCGAUAAAAAUGAAUAACACCGAUGCUACUCAUCAUACACCAUGGGUGUCGAAAUGAGCUCUACGAAUUUGCAACUGGCACAUAUGUAAUGGCAUUGGCAACACAAAACACAGCGUGUGUAUAAUUUUGCCGUACUACUAUAGCGCUUAUCCCCCUACACGAAAGGUGUCUUUCUACCACUGUAUUUUUUAAAAUCAGACGAUAAGCGCCUAAUAUUUACCGUAGAUGUGUGAGCUGCAGUCAAAGUAUUUAUAUAAAUAAAAAAUAAAUUAUAAUCAACUUUGUGAUACUGUACAAAGGACAAACAAAAACUAUUCGUUUCUCUAAUCAGUGACCUUUGUCGUAGUUGAUUAUUAUUCGGAAGGAUACAAUCGGUGAAUGAAUUUGUAGUUAGACGAACUAAUUGGUGCAAUGUAAAUAAAUUGUUAUACGUUCGAAUCGAAAUCGAGUUUAGGGUAAUUUAUUUUUUAACGUGACGGCCGAUUACGUUAAGGACAGCGUAUCAUAAGUAUUAUUUACAUUUUCACUAAAAUUAUUACUGUAUUCAAAGUAGAUUAGAGGAAGCAGGCUUAUUCACAUAUAGUUCACAUAUAUAUUUUGUAGGUAUCAUAUUUUACUGUUGGUUUUUUUUUUCUCAAAUUAUUUAAACACAUAGCCCUGAACACAAUCGUAUUAUAAUUAAUUAUACGCGUGAUAUAGUAAAACAGUCAUGAUAUUCACAUUUGAACCCCGUAGAUAAGUUUAAUAAAAUUUGGUGUCUAGGUAUGUGAUGAGCGCGAAAUCCCGUGAAAGAGAACACCUUUCAAAUAAGAGCAUACCUGUGGGAUAAGUUGACUUUGUUAUCAAGAGCAUCGCCAACUGAUGGUCUAUUGGAGCAAGUUGAUAUGGAGAAUGAGAAAAGUAUGAAUUGUAGGUAAAGUCGAGAGCACAUGUCGCCAACUGAUGGCCUAUUGGAGCAAGUUAAUAUGGAGAAUGAGAAAAGUAUGAAUUGUAGGUAAACUCGAGAUCACAUGUCGCCAACUGAUGGCCUAUUGGAGCAAGUUAAUAUGGAGAAUGAGAAAAGUAUGAAUUGUAUCUCCCGUUAUACAGAGCGUAAUUGAGCGUACCGAAUAUUAGAAUUGGAAAAUUCAUUCGAGUUUUAGAACUUCUAGGGGGGGGGGGGGGCAUCCUUGCCCUUUGGCGACGCCCUUGUUUGUUGUAAAGGUCUCUGCCAUCGUGAGAGCUUGUGAGGUUGACGAAUUAUUAGAAAAAAAAAUACUCGAUAACAUACCUACUUACUUUGUUGUGAUGGAUAUCGAACUAUCUUAUGUCUUUAUUAGUGAUAAUUAUAAGCACGUCCGUCCCAUGGAUAUUGUUAUAUGGGAUGUUGUGAAUAAGUGUGGGUUCAUCAGUUUAUUCAGUUCAUCAAAAUCUCAUAUAAAAAUAGAUUUUUUGGAUUAUUGGUUUGUGAAGCUUAGGUAGACUUUAUGAACAUUUGUGUGUUAUGAAAUUAAAAUCAAUUUGAUUUUAGCAAUUUACUGCUUAAGUGUGGCUAUUCAUUUAUCGGGUAUUCCUUGGAUCCUGACUUUAAUGAAUAGUUGAGAAAUCUUUAGCCAUUUUUCUAACUUAACCCUCCUGUAUAGUGUGAACUUUGAACCGCUUUUCUACAACACCAUAUAUAAAUAACUAAAUAUAAAAAUAUUUUUAUUACCCAAUUAAAUUGCCUAGUUUUUUUUUUUAUUUUGACGAGAUAUUAUUAGUUAAAUAUUGGCGGCUAAAUUAAAAUGGACAAUUUUAUUUAAGUUAUAUUUAUUGAAAUCUUGAACAAAUAUUAACCAUGACAUUAUCGUAUAAUUAAUUUGUUUAGAUUGAUAUUAUAUUUUUUUAUGUGUGACGAUUUCAUAGUACAUGACAUUUUUUAAAGACUAUUAAAUAAAAUGUGAUUAGUGAAAUUCCUCUAGGAUAAUUUCGUUUCUACCAUGGUAGCUGGGUUUAGACAUAUUACGUAUAAUUAAGCCAGCCAUCAUAAGCUCAACUUUUGUAAGACUGGCUUAGCGAUAGUAUAGAGUAAAAUAUGUUAUCAAUAAUUUAAGGAGGGUAAUCAUGUAUUAGGUGCCUAGGUAACGGAAUGAUAAUGUACAGUCAGCAACAUAGUUACUGAAAAAAAUCCAAAACUACAACAUACGCGUUAAAUUUUGAUUGGAUUUUUUUUCUUUGCGCGAAGUAAAUCAUUUUUAUUUUAUUUUUGUGAAGAAAAAUAAAUGUAGGUAAGAACACAAAAGUGUAUAAAUGAUUUAAAGAUUUAAAUUAUUUCAGGUGGUUUUGUGGCUGACUGUACCUGUGUUAUACAUAAUAUGUAUUACGGUGUUUGGUAUAUAUCUAUAAUACGUCCAAAAACUGUUUAUGUUAUCAUAUUAAUCAUAACCCAUGUUCCGUAUAUUAUAAAAACAAAUGUUAAACCACAAACAUUCCUAAGAUUAUAUACGGCAGUUUUCGAUAAACAAUCCCAAUAUUAAUCUUCGAUCUGAUCCCGAUAACAAAUUAAUCAAAAUAACUUAUUUAAAAGCAGGUAAAAAACUUUGUUCUCAUUGGUCAUUGUUGCGAUGGAUCGAAAAAGCGAUUGGGAUCGUUUAUUUAAAACAGUGUAAUGUUAUAUUUAUUAUCAUAAUUUGGAUUGGAACAAUAAUUAUAAACAUUUAAUUUAAAGGCUCAUACUUUUGUUGGCGUUGAUUAUGUAUAUACUAAACUCCACAGAUAUUUAAUGCAUUUAUUUUACCAGCGUUCUAUCGAUACGAAGGCGGCUGUGAUUUCUUUUAUGUUGGAAAUAACGUUGAUCAUUAAUUGUAAAUCGGAAAUUUUAUUGGUGAUAAUAUGUUGGAAAAAAGUUAUGUGUACGUCCAAAUCACCCCGCUUAAUAGUAGGUAGUUUACACCUUAUUUCAGGACAACCUUAUUUUAUGUAUCGUUUGGGACCUUCUUGAAGCAGGCCAUCGAUUUGACGAUAAUUUAAUCUCAUUUGUUUUGUAUGUGCGAUGAUUCGAUCCAAAUGUGUUCCUAAUGGACGAAGUUUCAUAGUACAUGUAUAGCAGGCAAAUUAAUGCGAUUCGAUUCUAUUCGACUCGACGCGCCUAGACGCCGCGAGCUUAACACUGAUGAGGUAUUUCAUAUCGUACUUUCUGGUGUAGACAUGACGCCUUAUUAAAAUGUUAUAGCAAUAUGCUUUCUUAUUUAUACUCACGUUGUAAUAUGACUUUUUGUAAUUGAACCCUGAAAUAUACUUUAGUUUUAAUAUAAAUUUGCAAAUUAUAUGCAGCUUAACAUCCGUCGUAUAAUAGUUGCAAUAAUUUUACCGUGUUUUAUGGGAUUAAGGGUCAUUUAAACUGGAUUAUUAUUGGUUAUUAUAAGAAAUAGGGUAGUUAAGUUGUUUCAUAUUUAUAAACAAUUACCAUUACUUUUUCCUCCUUUUUUUUUAUUAUAUUUAAUAAAUCGUUGUAAUAUUAUAUAUUUUCAAAGGGAUUAUUUUAAAGUAUUAUAUUUAGUUUUUUACUUUUCGUAAUAACGUUAGUUUUAAAUUUUGCCGUUUCUGACAUUCCUUGCCACAUUCAUGACACAACAUCGAUCUAUAAAAAAAUAUUUAUACCUAUUUAUUAUAUACAAUUUUCUAAACAUUGGUAACCAUGUUUUGCUCACAUUAUGGUUUGUGUAAUUUAUGAAAUUUUGUACCACGUAAUUUUAUUAAGUAGGUACGUGAAAAUAGAAUGUACCUAACCUAAAACAAUGAAAAAUAAUGGUAUCUGACUGGUUUGUACUCGGACUAAAAUUGGCCAUAAAAUAUACUUACCCGGCCAGUCUUUACAUUGUAGAAAUUUUGAUCCAUUCUUGUAAAAUUUUCUCAAACCUACUUAUAAUCGAUAUUAAAUAUUACACAAAAACUUCCUUCCUUUUUUCAUCUUGUUCAUUUAUGAUUCAGACACAGUUAUGUUCUAAAAAAGUCAGCACCUAAAGCGAUUAUUUGUACAAGUAGAGCCUAGCGAGUACAUUGUUGAUGUUCUGUUGUUAUUGUGUAGUUUUUCGGCCCCAAAUAAGACAUUAGUAAUAAUAGAUGACAAUAUGAUUGUGUAAUACGUAUCUAUAAGUAUUUUUCUAUAAGUUGAGUGUCGUAGAGUAAGUUAUUAAGUUUGUCGUUUUAUAGACUUAUUUGACUACGAAAUGUGUUCCUUUAGAUGGCUGAGGCAUUCCUCUCUUUUCAUACAGGUUAUUAUUACUUAUGACAAUUUUGUUAUUUAGUAUUAUUUCCGUGAUGUGAAGUUAAAUCAUGACAUAUUUUAUUUAAAGCAUAAUUAAAGAAAAUGCUGGAA